AUGGUCAUGGGAAAGCCUACGGAACCUCGACGGUACUACAAUUGGACAUACUACAAUCAGUUAGGAAGCCAUGGAAAGCCUACGGAACUUCGACGGUAUUACAGUGGGACCUACUACAGUCAGUUAGGAAGCGAUGGAAAGCCUACGGAACCUCGACAGUACUACAAUGGGACCUACUACAGUCAGUUAGGAAGCCAUGGAAAGCCUACGGAACUUCGACGGUACUACAAUGGGUCCUACUACAGUCAGUUAGGAAGCCAUGGAAAGCCUACGGAACCUCGACGGUAUUACAGUGGGACCUACUACAAUCAGUUAGGAAGCCAUGGAAAGCCUACGGAACCUCGCCGGUAUUACAAUGGGUCCUACUACAAUCAGUUAGGAAGCCAUGGAAAGCCUACGGAACCUCGCCGGUAUUACAAUGGGUCCUACUACAAUCAGUUAGGAAGCCAUGGAAAGCCUACGGAACCUCGCCGGUAUUACAAUGGGUCCUACUACAAUCAGUUAGGAAGCCAUGGAAAGCCUACGGAACCUCGCCGGUAUUACAGUGGGACCUACUACAAUCAGUUAGGAAGCCACGGAAAGCCUACGGAACCUCGACGGUACUACAAUGGGACCUACUACAAUCAGUUAGAUGGAAAGCUGGGUCAACUUCGCGUUUGA